AAUUCCAGGACUAAGAGUUUUUAGGUUAAUGUUGACUAGUGGGUAAUAUGUACCGUUGGAUUUUAAUUGAGAACAUCGUCACCGUCCGAUGGGAGACCCAAGCCAAAUAACGCAAAAACUCAUUCGCCGUCACGAAGAAGUCGUCGAGGUCUAUAUAAUGGACAAAUCUGGAAUUAUGUAAAAUAGGGACUUGACGCAGAUCUUGUUGGGUCUCGAACCUUCCUCUUCGUUUGCAUCAGGAAAGAGCGAUCGAUAAUGGCGGGAGGAGGAAACUUUAUUGCGAGAGUGAUCUCAUACGUUGCAAACGAGUUCAUAGUUAACGGUUUGGCAAACAGUCAUGCUUUCCAGAGAUUUGCUGUGAGGACUUCUAAGAGAAUAGAAAACCUCUCUAAAAUGGCUGCAGAGAACAGGGAGAAAGUCGCUCAGCAUAUGGAAGAAUUUUCCAAGAACAUGGACUCGAUGAAGAAACCCUGAUUAGUCUGCUGAGGAAUCUUACGAAGUCGUAAAUCACAUGGGUCAGCUCAAGUAGAGAGGUCUGUUUAUCUUUGUAUAAAGAAUGUUAAAAAGUAAUAAGCUUGUGGAUUAAACAACCAGUGAUCUUUUGGUGCUGUUUCUCUUCUUUUAAACCAAACUCUACCGGAGUGACUAACCCUUUGUAUGAAGUUCUUCUGUCAAGGAAUUUCUGUUGUGUCUUUUGCUUCCUACUUAUUUUUGUAGAGCACAUUUAUUGAUUUUUUUAUGUUAUGGGCUGGCUUUGAUUUUAA